AUGCGAGAGACCCUAUUUGACCUUCAACGCCGACUCCCCGGGAAUAGGAUACCAUUACAGCUAUUCAAGCUCUACGUCUUUUGUCUCCUUGAAGCUUUAGGUUACUUGCACUCUGCGUGCCGUCUUAUCCAUACUGAUAUCAAGGACGAUAAUAUCAUGAUUACAUUUGAGCACGAUGCGGUAUUAAAAAACUUUGCCGCGCGCCAAAAAGACAGCCUUCAACCUAGACGCACUCGUCCUGGGGACGGCCGUGCCAUCUACCUCUCUCAAAGCGAUUUUGGCCCUUUGCAAGGCCGCAGACUGCUGCCCAAGCUGGCUGACUUCAACCUCUGCUUCCCUGGAGUAGAAAACCAGGGACAUCUCUCUGCGAUACAAGCUCACCGCUAUCGUGCGCCAGAAGUGCUACUUGGGUGUCCUUGGUCCUACAGUGUUGACAUCUGGAACCUCGGACUACUUAUGUGGAACCUCCUGGAAGAUAUCAGCCUGUUCGAGCGACCUGCCGGGGAUGACGGGGAAUAUGACGCACACGUUCACCUGGCCCAGAUGGUUUCUCUGCUUGGCGACCCGCCCAAGCUUGUGAUCGAGAGAGAACGACUCUUGCGGCAAAACAGGCUCAAGAAGUCGAUUCUCAACGCACGAGGCAAGGAAUGUAUGAACAUGAAUGAGUUUUGGGGCGGUCCGUUCCUCGACGACGACGAUUCUAUCAUGCGCAAGGAUCUCAUCCGUAGAGGGAUAACGCUAUCAGAUACAGUGAAGCAUCUACAAGACGAUGAUAAAGAGCAGUUUCUCGAUUUCGCGUCGGGCAUGCCCGAAUGGUUGCCGGAGAAGCGAAGGACGGCUAUGGAACUGAUGCUGCAUGAAUUCCUCGAGGAAGGACCGCGAGCGAUAUUUAUGAGACGAUAA